GUUAAUCGUAAUACAAAGUGAGCGGGAGGGUUUGAUGAGUUUUAGGGCUUUAUGAAGUGCCAUUGACAACGUGAGAGCGAGGGUUCACAAGAGAUGCGGGUUUUAGGCGUGAAAAGGUUUUCAAAUCUGUGAAGAUUUCCUCUACAAACCAAGUAAGCCCCUCAUCCUUCGACUAAAUUCCAUAAAUGUCUAAUUUAAUCCGCAAAACUGUGCGCCAAAUAAGGCCAGCUAUCAGAAAUUCACUAACCCACCAUUUCUACUUCAGUCACAUCCGCCCCUUUUCAUCAUCUCUCGCAUCCAUUGAUCAAACACCAAAUCAACACUCAUUCACAGUCAAUUACCUCAUAAACUCAUGUGGGUUUCCUCUUGAAAAGGCUAUAACAGCAUCAAAGUACACCAAUUUCGAAACCCCAGAAAAACCCGACUCUGUUAUAGAAUUCUUGUGUAACCAUGGCUUCACCAAAACCCAAGCCUUAAAUCUCAUCAGAAAGCUCCCACAAGUCCUUGUGUCCAAACCAGAUAAAACCCUUUUACCCAAACUCGAAUUUUUCACGUCUAAAGGCUUUUCAAGCACAGAUGUAGUCAAAAUACUGUCCCUAUCACCGAGUCUUCUUCUAAGAAGCUUAGACAACCAAAUUAUCCCAACUUUUGAGUUCAUUAAGAAUUUGAUUGGAUCGGAGGAGAGGACGUUAUCUGCUAUUAAACACUCUGCUGGGCCGCUUUUGGUUGAUCUCGACUCUCGUAUGACACCCAAUGUUGACACUCUGCGGGAGGUCGAUGUGCCAGAUGCAAAAAUCGCAUUCUUGUUGACAUCCCAACCUAGAACAUUCACAACGAACUGUGAGAGAUUUAGACAGAAUGUGGAGGAGGUAAAGGGAAUGGGUUUUAACCCUCUGAGAGUGACCUUUGUUGUAGCACUUUAUGCAUUGAACUCAAUGAGUAAACCCGCAUGGAAGAAGAAGAUUCAGGUUUAUAGGAAGUGGGGUUUCUCCGAAGAUGAGAUUCUUGUGGCUUUUGGGAAGUAUCCGUGGUUCAUGAUGGUGUCGGAGGACAAGAUCACGAGGAUAAUGGACUUUUUGGUCAAUAAAAUGGGUUUUGAUUCUUCGUUUGUUUUAAAAAUGCCACUAGUCCUAUCAUUGAGCUUCGAGAAGAGGAUUGUACCGAGGUUUUUGGUUUAUCAAGCAUUGCAAGCAAAAGGUCUGGUAAAGAAACGAAAUAUUAUCAAGAUGCUGAAGUCUACUGAAAUGGGGUUCUUACAGGAGGUUGUGAAUUUGGCUAAGGAAGAAGCUCCUGAGCUUUUGAAAUUGUACGAGGAAAAGUUAGCACUUGCAAGAUAACUAGGGUGUGGGCAUGACAUGAGAUUGGAUUGGUUAAUACAUAAACUGGACGUGCUAUUGUCCUGUUAUUUGCUUCCCUCGAUUUAACUUGUGCUUGUUGAAUUCUCCCCAUCUUAAUUCUAUCGAAUGGAACUUGAAGUUCCACAUUGCCACUCUUAAGUUCUUUGUCAUCUUGUAAUGGUUAAGGCCUGAAGCAGCGUCCGAUCACCCGCCCAUUUGGGUAACUUGGCCCUGGAAUUUUUUCACUACUUGCGUUGUUAGAGGAUAUAGAUUUCGUAUUUGGUGAUAGUGUUGCCAAACAUGCAACAAUUUAAAUGUUCAAUUUGGUGUCAUCCAAUAGAGUGGAUUUGUUCUCUUCCAUUGAGAGCAUACUCAAUGACAUUGUCCUUUCAUAAGAACUCAAGAGAUCGCUGUGAAUUCAAGUUUCACUCCAUUUUCUGUCAGCUUCAUAGUAUAUGUUGCAGAAUAGGAUGAAUUAUGUGGUACAACUUGGGUUUGAUAAUAUUGUUCAAACUACUUUUAAUGCGUGCUAAUGUGUUUGAAGCUCGAGGAUUGCAAGCAAUCUAAAUAAUCAGUUUGUGAGGUGAGACUUCCCGACUGGGAAGCCUACGACGAUUUCCCGUACAUAGUAUCCUAUUGCCCACACUGCAAUGCCCUGAAUCGGUCAAAACAUCUUAGUGUUUCUGGUUCCAACUCCCCUAGUAUGAGCCCCGAAAUGGCAAAGAGCAGUACACCACCGGACAGCAGUGGUGUUACAGCGAGUGAAAUGAUUCCUGCAAGUAGCAGCCUAGUGACAGCUGCUGUCGAAAAUACAGAAGGAAGCGGAAGACACGUGUCUGAGGAUUCGGAUCCAAUUAGUCCUAGUUGAAGGCAGACUUCAGGUGGAAUUAUAACGGCGAAGGGUUUGGUUAUGCGUGCUUUUGAGCAUCAUACUUCUUCGUAGGUCAGAGACUCAGAGCGCUUUGAGUGCAGCGACUGCUUGCAUUUGCUUCUUGUUUCUUUGUGUAAUUUUAGUUCUUUUAAAGGUUUAACAAAAUCAUACUGCGUGUUCCAUCCCUAGCCUGUUUGGGUUUAUGCCGGUUAAGUUUCUGCGAUUCGGCAAAGUACCCCAGUUUGCUCAAUACAUGUGUGUUGUGGUGCUGACAGUGUAUACAAGAAAGCCGUUAUUUGCAUUUGAAAUCUUUCGGAGAGUUUACAUAAACAGUUAGUUCCAUUUGAGAUCAAUAUCAAAACAUUUCACAGGAUUUA